AUGAAAGCAAUUGUUUUGUUUCAUUGCCUCAAUGGCAACAAAUUUGUGCUCAGUUCGGCAGGUUGCACACCCAUCACUGACUUCAACAACCAUCUCUUGCUUGGUGGUCUAUUCCUGCAUCUGGAUCCUUUCGGAAUUGGUGGUUUUGAUCACCUGUGUCAUCAUCGCCCUGUGAGUAUGGCCAAGCAGCUUUGGCAUCUUCUUAUGCUACAUAAUGGACCUUUUGAAAAAGAUGCCCAGUUUGCUUUUGUCAUUCACAAUAUUUUGCAGAAGCGAGCUUCAUAUCAUGACUGUUGA